AUGCCUUCCUUCGCGCUAGGCCAGACAGUCCGAUACAAGCCCGUCGGCGGCCGCGACUCGAACACGUCCGAAAGCGUGGGCCUGAUCAAAGACAUCCUGACCGAGCCCGGCCAACAGGCUGGCCGCAACGUGAAUGCGAGCAUAGAUACUCCGCGAUAUGAGAUCGAAAAUCUCAACACAGGCAAGACGACAACAAUUUAUGAGAGUAACAUAUUGAGCGUCGAAUAA